GUUUGUGUACAGACGCGGUGUCCCUGCCCAGGUAGUGCUGAUAAGGGAGGGAAUUGCUCACAGGGCGGCAGACUGUACGCUUGGUAGCACAGCUCCUUCAGCGCUCGCAGCUAUGGCAGACAACGACCCCAAGACUCCCCAGGACCUUUCUGACUUUGCAGAUAACCUCUUAAAGAAACUUCAAGAGAAAUUCCAAGUUCUGUCGGACCAAUUAACACAGAGAAUGGAAGAAAUGGGCUCCAAUAUUGACGAACUUCAGAAGGAUGUGAGCGACUUAAUGACACAAGCUGGCAUAGAAAAUACAGAAGACAUUGUGCACUGAAAUGAAACGGUGGUGAAGAAUCUGCUGUACAUUCAUUUGCUUUUACAUGUUUAUUAUAAUCAAUAUUAUUAAAUUAAGUUUAUUUUGUA